AUGCAUCCUACUGGACAUCCGACCUCGUGUGUAAACUGUAUCGCUGCUGGAGCAUCCUGUACCUGGGAUAUUGUGGAUUCGCAACUGUUGAGGGAUCAAUACCAGUGCAACCGAUGCGAUCAACACGAGAUCCACUGUGGGGGCGGGCGGGGGCAUCAAAUCAUGGCGCGAUGGAUGGCCGAUGUUCGUCUUUGGAACAACCGAGGAAAUGCACCUUUACCACCUCAACAUACCCCUACUACUCCACCUGUAGCCUCCACAUCCUGUACUAAUCCUCGCAUCAAGACUCCACCUAUCACCACUCCCCCUGAAUCAAUUCACACACCCGACAACACACCUCCUCCAUCUCCUCCUGCUAUUUCUUCAGAAUUUAAUUUUUCCCCACCUAAAACUCAAAAGAACUUCAUCCAUAAAACGAACACUAAAAAUCAAAAUAAAAGACCAAAACUUAAAAAAACUUUUCAAAAUCAACACUUCUUUCCUCGCAAGCCUUCUCCUAUCAUUGUUCCUGAUUCACCAGUUGAUGUUAAACCUAACCUGAACACUACUGUUGAAGAUUUAAUUGAAACACCUCCUGCAUCACCUCUACCUGAAUUUAACCACCCUUUUGUCUCUACUCCCGAAAAAACUGUAAAUCCAACUUCUGCACCGGUUCCUUCAACUUCAAUUCCAAAUGAUUCUUCUUCAACUGAGCCAAGCACAUCCAUCACCUAUCCUUCAAUUACUAGAGACAGAAUUGACGCCUUUGAAGCUGAGUUUAAAAAUCUUUACACAAGUAUAUGGUUUGCUAGAAAUUUAUCACAAGCUGAAGAGUUCAUGCAAGUUGGUGGUAUUCCCAAGAUGAUAAGUCCUCGAGAUCCCACCAUAGCUUUAACUGAAACAAUUUUUAAUCUUCUUUCUUCCCAUUGGAAAAUUUAUACCUCUAAUGUCCAGUUGAAGGGGAGCAUUGGGGAUUCAGCACCAAACACCCUACCUCUCGCAACCCAUAGCCGCCCCUCCGACACGUCCGUCCCAGGCAUGUUUUGUCUUUUGCAUUUUUUUCCUCCUUCCACUUUGAGCAGAGCAAAUUUUUUAUACUCCAAGACCCUCAUCGUACACUGUAUUCCAAACCUCAAUAUCCACCCACACCAAUGGCGGCUUCAACCUUUCUCCUCUUUGUCCUUUUCCAUACAACCAUCUGGCCACCGUGGUCACAUCACAUCGUUCCCACUUUACACCCUACAAGCCCACGUCAUGAAACCUAGCGGCCCCUACAUUGGAUCCAAGUACCAGCGGAUGCACCCGUCCAACCCCCUUCCUUCACCUACGGUGCCAGGCCGUGUUGGCCUGGCUUGUCCCAUGUGCACGGUCAAUAUCUCACUGAUUUACGUAUCAGGGGGUGUUGAUACGGUCAAGGUCAAAUGCCCAACCAGUGAUCAUUAUUACCGAACCUUCAAGCUGAACCAACUUAACCACGAGUUAGCGCGGAUCAACGCCGGCGACAAGUAUCCAAUUCCUUACAAUGCCUUACUCCAUGGGCCACCCGUCAACAUCAAAGGUGAGGUUGUCACCGAGCAAGUCAGUCCCAAGAAUUCACCGCCCAGUGCUUCCCAACGUUCGCAACGAGCCGCCCCAUCCCAACUUUGUGCUCGCCCCCGCGAAGGGCCCACCGCCGAGAAGCACAAAAGCGCGGGUCAUACUGGUUGUACACAGAAAUACUGCAAGGCGUGCUGCCAUGCAUAUGGCCCGCCAGGCAAAUGCUAUGUUCAUCGUAUCGCGCCCGAACCAAAACAGGCUGCCACCUCUACGCCAUCCAAUACCUCGACGACAACCCACGCCCCUUUGCCGACAGCACCCCAGCCAAAACGAGCCCGUAUAAUACCGGAGCAGUGCGCGCAGAGCGUGAGGUACACAGGACACGUGCUGACCGAAGAUCGCGAGCUCGUCCUCUCGAACGCCAAGAAAUUGAAACAGGACAUGUUUAGAAAGGCGUUGGAGCCACGUCUUGACCCGAACAAGGUCGUUAGCUUACAUCUUGUCACUCAGCCCACGACCCCGGUCAUUACGCAGCAUUUUCCCACCUGGCCUACCGUUGCUCUAGACGAAUGUGAGUCACUUUGGCGCGAGGCCAAAGCGGCUGCUGGACUAUCUUGGAAUGGUCACAUCCUUGUCUGGGAUGAACAACUUAAAAACUGGGUUGGUAUUUUUGGUCUUCCUCCGCAUCGACUCCAAAUUGAUCCCUUUUUGGACUGUUCACAGCGGGACAUCGCACUUACUCUGCCUCAUCAGUACCCCCGCACCACCAGAAACCUCGUGCUAUGUCUUCCAAGCCAGCGCAUCACCCUAGCCAAUGACCUUCAAGCCGUGCUCGAAAGAUUCGGUCUAGGCAAACCUUACAUUCCUAAAGCUCCUGUUCAAUUAGCGACUGUUCCCAAAGUUGAACCUGCGUCUCCACCUCCAUUGGCCAAACCCUUUGCAGGAACCUCACAGCAACCGAUUGAGGUCCUCAACUCCAAAACCGAUUCGGAUUUGGACUUGCACGAUUGGCCAGAACUAGACAUCGCACUGACCGUCUCACCUACACUCUCAGGCGAGGCCAGUUCAGACAAUGUGAUCCCCGACUUGUUUCGGCACUUGGACCCCGCUUUAAUGGGCAACAUGGCAGCCCAGAACCUAGAAGCAGACGAAAAGCCAUUCAACUCCAGCAACAAUGCCCCAGUCCUGAACGAUUGGCCCGGCGAAGAUGCCAUGACUUUCACCCUUCUCGCAUGGCAUCUUGCCGUGGGAAUGCCUGCCCCGCGAAAACGCCGUAUACCAUGCUGGAUUGAAUUUUUUGGAACCGAGUAUCAAUUGGAGGAGCAAACCGUUUAUCGCUAUGCGCACUGGGUAGGCAAAGUGACGUAUCCCAGAUUCAAGGCUUGGCUUGACAGCUGGCCUGAAGAGGGUGAGAAAAAUCGCUACAAUAUCACAAUUGUUGAGGCGCGGCGGCAUUUUCAAGCUGAGUUCCUGGUGGUGUCUGGUUUGAAACAACCUGGAGAUCCAACAGCCCCUCGGAAACGGAAAGAGCGACAGGCGCCUCGGCCAUCCAAGAGACGCAGAACGAAGCAAUGA